GGAGGAAUUUGAAGUAGUGGCCCCUCGAUUGACAGACUAACAGAAACACAUGUGUUUGGUUAAUAUAACGCCGGUCCAGAUGGGGGCGCAAAUACCAUAAAAUCGGAAGAAAGAACAUGUCUGAACAUGUUGUCGCUGACUUCACACUUCUGAAUGUAACCGGAAGUUUUGGACAGACACGGAAGAAACUACUUUCACUUGCACCAUAGAGAAUUCUUUCAAAGGGCUUUACAUUUAUUGGAAAUUUAUAUUCCUCUAAUCAUCUGACAACCACAAGUGGCAGACGGACCGGCGUUUUGCCCAAAUAUGGAGGGAAACUCAAAAGGAGGCCCUGGUGCUGAAGACAGAGUGGCUGACCAUGUGCCUUUCAUUCACCUUUGUUCUACCCUUGAAAAAAUCCAAAGGGCAAAAACACGUCCAGACAAAGUGAAGUAUUUGAAGGACUUUGUAGAUUCCUGGAGGAAAUUUCAUGCUGCUUUACACAAACAGGAGUCAAAGACUACAGACUCAUUCUACUCUGCCAUGCGCCUCAUCGUCCCUUCCUUUGAGAGAGAGAGGAUGGCGUACGGAAUCAAGGAGAAUAUGCUGGCCAAACUCUACAUAGACGUUUUGGGCCUUCCAAAGGCUGGAUCAGAGGCAAACAAACUCCUCAAUUAUCGUGCUCCGACGACCUCUCAGGAAGAGGCAGGGGACUUUGCAGCCAUGGCUUACUUUGUCUUGAAGAAGCGCUGCAACAACCAGGGAGAGCUCACCGUCAGACAGGUGAACAACUUCCUCGACUCUGUUGCGAUUCACAACGGCAAAAAGCAGAAAGACCAGGUCAGAAAGAACCUUCUCCAUCUCAUCACUCAGACUUCUGCCUUGGAACAGAAAUGGCUGAUCCGUAUGAUCUUGAAGGACAUGAAGCUUGGCAUAAGCAAGGAAACGGUGCUCCAGGUCUUCCACAGGGACGCUGCGGAGCUUUACAAUGUCUCAACCGACCUGAGCAAGGUGUGUCUGCAGCUACACGACCCUGCGGUGUCCCUCAGCGAAGUCUCCAUCGGGAUCUUCUCUGCCUUCAAGCCCAUGCUGGCAGCUGUGGCCAACAUCCAUCAGGUGGAGAAACAGAUGAAUGGCAAGGUCUUUUUCGUCGAGACAAAACUAGACGGCGAACGCAUCCAAAUGCACAAAGACGGAGACGUGUACAAGUACUACACCAGAAAUUCUUUCGAGUAUUCCGAGCACUUUGGUACUUCCCCGGUUCAGGGCUCCCUCACUCCUUACAUCCACAAUGUUUUCAAACCUCACGUAGUGCAGUGUAUCCUGGACGGUGAGAUGAUGGCCUACAACCCAAUGACCGAGACACUGACGCAAAAAGGUAGCAGAUUUGACAUAAAGAAGUUAAUGGAUGAUUCAGAGAUGCGAACGUGUUUUUGUGUUUUUGACAUACUUCUUCUGAACGACCAGAAAUUUGCAAAUGAGCCUCUCAAAAAGCGCCACGAAAUCCUCUUGCAAACUCUUACGCCAGUGAAAGGUCGGAUCCAGCUUGUCUCCAGAUUCGAGGUCAGCACCACACAGGAGGUCGUCAGUGCCCUCAAUGAAGCCAUCGACAAUCGGGAAGAAGGAAUCAUGGUGAAGGACCCCAUGUCCAUCUACAAACCAGACAAACGUGGGGAAGGAUGGUUGAAGAUCAAACCAGAGUACGUCGAUGGCCUCAUGGAUGAGAUGGACUUGCUGAUUGUUGGUGGUUACUGGGGAAAAGGCAGACGAGGAGGGAUGAUGUCCCACUUCCUGUGUGCUGUGGCAGAAACGCCCCCUCCCGGGGAGAAGCCAUCAGUCUUCCACACCAUCACACGGAUUGGUUCUGGCUACACGAUGAACGAGUUAUACAACCUUGGACUGAAGCUGGCGAAACACUGGAAGGUGUACCGCAAAAGUGACCCUCCCGCCGCUAUACUGUGCGCCACUGAGAAACCUGAGGUGUACAUUGAGCCAUCAAAGUCUGUCAUCAUCCAAGUCAAGGCAGCUGAGAUUGUGACCAGUGACAUGUACAAGACGAACUGCACACUGCGCUUCCCUCGCAUAGAAAGGAUUCGGGACGACAAAGAGUGGCACCAGUGCAUGACCUUAAAUGAGCUGAAUCAAUAUCAGAGCAAAGCAUCUGGAAAACUGGCUUCCAGACACUUUCACAUGCAGGAAGGGCAACCUGAUAGGAAAAAGAGGAAGAUCCUUCCUAAACUCAAGAAAGCUGUGGACGUGAUUGGCCACUUCAAGUCUCAGGACCUGUCUGCCAUAACGAAGGAAUCAGACAUGUUUGAAGAUGUAGAGUUCUGUGUUAUUAACGGCAGUGAGGAACACUCCAAAUCGGAGCUGGAGAAAAGUCUGGCGCGAUGUGGCGGAAUUGUGGUGCAAAACCCUGGCAACGACACAUACUGUAUUAUCGCAGGGGUCGAGAAUAUGAGGGUGAAAAACCUCAUCUCCGCUGAUCAACACGACAUUGUCUGGGCCAGCUGGCUUCUGGAAUGCUUGCACCAGAUGCAGGUGGUCCCGUGGCAACCAAGGCAUAUGAUCCACACGUCCCCAUCCACACGGGAGCACUUUGCCCAGGAAUAUGACCCAUACGGGGACAGCUAUUUCGUCGAGACAGAUCCACCGCAACUCAGGGAGGUUUUCAGCAGGAUAUCCAACACAGACCUGGAAUACUUCUGUGUAGGGGAGGUGGAAGAGAAGUGUGGUUGGGGUGACGUGCCAACAAGCCUCUUCAGGCCCAUCACAGCCUAUGUGGAUCGCUGCACAGACAUCCACGACCCUACGAGUGCUACUCCAGGUUCUUGCUUGGACACGUGUUCACUCGAGUUCCGGUUUCAUGGAGGUACUGUAGUGGACAGGCUUGAAGAAGGCAUCACUCACGUCAUUGUUGCAGAAGACACAAGAGUUCUGGUGAUGAGGACACUCCGACGACAAUUUAAGAGGAAAUUUAAGAUUGUGAGAGACUCGUGGGUUACUGACUCCAUCCAAGCUGGCCAUCUACAAAAUGAUGUGGACUACUUGAUGUGAGAAUAUAGAGAAGUACGAAGACCAAAAUAUAAGGUUGAAGGUCUACAUGUUCUUGUUCACAUUUUGUAACAGCAUAAUAGGGUUUAUAAAGAAGGGAUAAGGACAGGUGUGUGUGUGUACAAUAUGACUGAUGGUGCAACUAAUAUACGUAAAGAAUACAUCUUGAGCAGCACAUUUUUGUACUUUCACAAGAUUUAAAUAAAAAUGACUCUUUUUU